CUCUGUACUGGUGGUUACCUCUGGAGCUCCGCUCAAGGUAGCAGCCACUUUGUGUGUUGGAUUGUUCCUUGGGAGAGAACAGGAUGAAACUCAUCCUGACUCCCACCCUGAUUGUGGCUCUGGCCACACUUUCAUUUAUCUGGGAUGGCUUUGGCUGUUCCAGCUCUCUUGGCUGUGCCUGGCACACGUACAAAAAGCUGGUCCUUCCUGAGGAGCAGCUGACCGUUGACACCCAGUGCCAGGCCUCCAGCUGGCCCUGUUGGCGUGGCCUUUGGCCCUGCCACGGAUGGGGCAGCUUCAUGUUCGGAAGAGCGAUCUUUACAGAGGACCAGAAGCAGCAGCCCCUGGGCACGGAGCAGAAGGCCUUUGUGGGGCCCUUCUGGUCGGGACUUUCAAUGUACCGCAUUCAGAUCUGGGAAAGGGUCAUCAACAUGGUCCUUCCCGAGAAGAAGCAGCAGCCUGUAAUCGCUGCUGAACAGGCUUCGAAUGGGCCCUGUUGGCUAGGCCUUUCUUCCUGCCCCACAUGGCUGCAAUAUGGGGUCAGCAGGGCUGGCGGAAGGCAGAGCCCGAAGCAGCAGCCCCUGCGCAUGGAGCAGAAGGCUUUCAAGGGGCCCUUCCAGCCUGGCCUUUCAACGUACCCAAUGAGGAUCUGGGAAAGGGUCAAGAAGAUGGUCCUUCCUGAGGAGCAGCUGCCAGUCGUCCCCGAGCACCAGCAUUCCAGCUGUCCCUGUAGGCUUGGCGUGUUCCCCUGCCUCACGUGGAUCCGCUCCAGGGUCAGCAAGGCUGGCGUAACGCAGGGCCCGAAGCAGCAGACCUUGUACACCAAGCUGAAGGCCCUCAGCUUGCCCUACCCUCUGGGCCUCCUUUGGGACUACCUGGCCCAAGCGGGGAAAACCUGGCUCGUUACUCACUGCCUGACAGAUGUCUGCAUUCUCUGCCUGCUGAGCAUUGCCCGCAGCCUCUGGAGAAAAGUAAGAAGACCUCAGGAACAGGGAACGGGACAAAUGGACUCAGCUUCCACGGGAACAGACAUCUCGCAAGGGGAAGCCAUGCAUUAUUACGACGAGCUCUGUGAGAUGAAGUCCCUGCUUCUCUUAAUGGACAGAUACGUGACGAUCCUCCAGAAGAAGAGCAACUGCCAGUGCCAAAGGAAGAAGGAGCAAUGAGCAAGGAAGCUGAGAUGCUCCUCAUCCACUUCCAGCUCGUUUGCCACUUCACACAGCGCACCAGCUGCUUCCGUAAGGCACAACCUGGAAAACUUCAAGGGGCUUUAAAAUCAACGAUGUGAUGAACAAAUGAUUGGAAUACGUCUGUUACUUGCCAUCUUAUGUCAUUCAUACAGAUGUAUAAAUAAAGUGAGAUUGCAUAAAAUUUCU